GAACCGAACGUACACAUGCCCACUGAAUGCGUCAAGUGCCCACCGGGACCACCCGGACCACCAGGAGCUCCAGGAAUGGCAGGUCGAAUGGGUCCACCCGGUCGACCAGGUCCACCAGGUGCUAAUGCAACACCAGGACCACCGGGACCACCAGGUGCACCGGGAGAUGCAGGACCAGCAGGUCCACCUGGAUAUCCAGGACCCCCGGGGCCACCAGGUAGGGACUCUCAGUCCAGCAUUGGUCAGAAGGGACCUAAAGGACCACCAGGACCAUGUGGUCCUGCAGGUAGACCGGGUCCACAAGGACCACCUGGAUAUCCUGGCGCACCUGGGCCAGCAGGUCCACCUGGACCAGUUGGUUGCGGUGGACAAAAGGGUCGACGCGGGCCUGCAGGACCGCGCGGAGAAUCUGGUGAACGUGGUGAUGAUGCACUCUAUUGUCCAUGUCCUCCACGAAAUCUCAAGAGGAGGCAAGCUCAAGUACCAGACGUAUCGAAACUUUUCGAGGAGACUGAGUCGAUGACACCGUUCGAGAGACAGCGUGUUAGAGCGCUGAAGGAAUACGCCGAAAAGAUCCAUUAUGAGGAAAUGCUCAGAGAGGCUGCCGCACAGAACCAAUAG